UUGUGUUACCACAGAAGACUUCAAUGUCUCCCAGUGCUUUCAGUCAUGCUGGGCAUGAACAUCACUCUGGUCAGUGAGUUCAUCCUGGUGGGCUUCCCCACAGCCCCUUGGCUGCAGGUCCUGCUAUUCUUCCUCUUCCUGAUAGUCUAUCUGUUGAUUAUAGCAGAGAAUCUUGUUAUCAUGUUUACUGUUUGGGUCACUGGCUCCCUCCACAAACCCAUGUACUACUUCCUGAGUAGCAUGUCCUUUUUAGAGAUCUGGUAUGUGUCUGUCACGGUCCCUAAGAUGCUGGAUGGAUUCCUUCUACAGAGAAGGCGCAUCUCCUUCACAGGAUGCAUGACCCAGCUCUACUUCUUUAUCUCACUGGCCUGCACAGAGUGUGUGCUCCUGUCAGCCAUGGCCUAUGACCGCUAUGUGGCCAUCUGCCACCCUCUCCAAUAUCCAGUCAUCAUGACUACAAGUUACUGCAUGCAGCUGAUGGCCCUCUCCUAUUUUAGUGGUUUCAUGGUCUCUGUUGUCAAAGUCUAUUUCAUUUCACACGUUGCUUUCUGUGGCUCUAAUGUCAUGAACCACUUUUUCUGUGACAUAUCACCAGUCCUCAAACUUGCAUGUAAAGACAUGUCCACAGCUGAAUUAGUGGACUUUGCUCUGGCAAUCAUCAUUCUUGUCUUCCCUCUCAUCACCACUGUCCUCUCAUAUGUCUACAUUGUGUCUGCCAUUCUGCGUAUACCCUCCACCCAGGGAAGGAAGAAGGCCUUUUCCACCUGCGCAUCUCAUCUCACUGUGGUCAUAAUUUAUUACACAGCCAUGAUUUUCAUGUAUGUCAGGCCCAGAGCUAUUGCAUCCUUUAAUUCCAACAAACUAAUCUCAGCUGUGUAUGCAGUCCUCACCCCCAUGCUGAAUCCUUUCAUCUACUGCCUAAGGAACCAGGAAGUCAAGAAUGCCAUCAAGAAGACCUUGGGGGGUGGCCAGUGCUUUCCGCUUAUCUGAUCUUGGUGCCUUAAGAAAGACA